CUGGAAUACAGUUGUCAUAACGGUUGUCAUCUAUAUAAGAAGAUCUUUCCAACACAGCUCUGUCACCCACAGGAGGAAAUACAUCCGUCAUCAGCCCAGAAGCAAAGAUAGGCGCAGCCAAGAUGAAGUUACUGCUUGUUGUUGCUGCUGCUCUGGCUGUGGCCAGCUGUGCCAGCAUCUCUCUGGAAGAUCUCGAAUUUCACGCCUGGAAACUGAAGUUUGGAAGGUCUUACAGAUCUCCAGCAGAGGAGGUGAAGCGCAAGGAAAUCUGGCUCAGCAACCGCAAACUGGUUCUGGUUCACAACAUCCUGGCAGAUCAGGGCAUCAAGUCAUACCGCCUUGGCAUGACCUACUUUGCUGACAUGGAAAAUGAAGAGUACAAGCGUGUGAUUUCCCAGGGUUGCCUGCGCUCAUUCAACGCCUCCCUGCCUCGCCGGGGCUCUGCUUUCCUCCGACUGCCUGAGGGCACCGAUCUGCCCAGCACUGUUGACUGGAGGGACAAGGGAUAUGUUACAGAUGUCAAGGAUCAGAAGGACUGUGGCUCCUGCUGGGCCUUCAGUGCAACCGGUUCUCUGGAGGGUCAAACCUUCAGGAAGACUGGAAAGCUGGUGUCUCUGAGUGAGCAGCAGUUGGUUGACUGCUCUGGUGACUAUGGCAACAUGGGAUGUAUGGGCGGCUUGAUGGACGAUGCCUUCAAGUACAUCCAGGCAAACGGUGGGAUUGACACAGAGGAGUCCUACCCCUAUGAGGCAGAGGAUGGACAGUGCCGUUACAACCCUGAUGCCCUUGGAGCCACAUGCACAGGCUAUGUUGAUGUGAAGCAAGGUGAUGAAGAUGCCCUGAAGGAGGCUGUGGCCACCAUCGGACCAGUUUCUGUUGGCAUUGACGCCUCUCAAUCAUCAUUCCAACUUUAUGAAUCAGGUGUGUAUGAUGAGCCUGACUGCAGCAGUUUAGAGCUGGAUCAUGGAGUGCUGGCUGUUGGUUAUGGCACUGACAAUGGGCGUGACUUUUGGCUAGUUAAAAACAGCUGGGGUGUUGGCUGGGGAGACAAUGGAUACAUCAUGAUGACAAGGAACAAAGACAACCAGUGUGGGAUUGCCACUGCAGCAAGUUAUCCACUAGUCUGAACAGGCCCAGGACCUCUCCACGGAUGGAAAUAGUGACAUAUAAUUGACUGUAAUUCCUUUCUAAGAGCAAUGAGUCAUGUACUCUAUACUAAACAUGUUUCUCUCUUCUCUGCAAGUCUGAGGGAAACACAAUCAUUCUUUACCUUGAUGCACUUAUAAUACCAGAUGUUUAUAAGCAUUGUAAAUAAAUGUAAAGAAAUAA